CGCUCGCCGCCCGCGGUCGGCCCUCCGCCGGCGGCCGGACGACGCCGCUCGCCGCCGGCCGUGGACCUGAACGCCACGCGCACCCUGUCACCGGCUGCGCCGGGCGGGGGCGGUCUGCCGGCGUUUGACAGCUGCAGCCCCAUCCGGCCGGAGCCGGCCGACCGGGCGCUGUACGUGCCGCUGCCGCCCGACCUGCCGCCCACCCCGGAGAUCCUGCGCCGCACCCGGACGCCGCUGAAGACGCGGCCGUCCGCCGCGCCGCCGCCCAACAUGGACUCGACGUUCACGAUGGAGGCGGCGCCGUUUCGUGUGCCGCUGGCGGCGUCGGCGGACGGCGGUGGUGGUGCGCCUGCUGGUGGCAGCGGCCAGCGAGCUGUGGCUGGCAAAGGUGCCCUGAGAGGCUCCGCCUCCAGCACCCACCUCGGCGUCCAGAGGACCGGUCUGAGCCGCUCGGCGUCGGCCGCGCACCUCUCGCAGACGGGCCGCGUCGGCGGCGGCUCGCGCUCGACAGCCGGCGCUCCCGGCUCGGCCGCCCGGCGCGGCUUCGAGGCGUCAGCGCGGCUGGCGGCCACGGCGCCCAACCCCAGCCGCCUGUCGCUCUCGGCGCAAAAGGCGCGCAGCACGUCCCGCCUGCACACCAGCGCCUCUGGCGGCCGAGACGAGAACCAGCAGCCCGACAGGCCUGCCUGGGGUCGGACGGCGCCGCCAGCCGUCGGGGCGGAUAAGGCCGCCGGCCGGCACGGCCUCAUCUCCUCGGUGGGCAAGUUCGGCCUGGGCAGGAGCAGGACGGGCGCCAAGGACCGGCCGGGCGGCGUCCUCAAACCGGCCAACCAGUGAGACCAUCGCAGCCGUCGAACGCCAAAUGCGUCCUUCUUAACCCUGACGAUUUAUUUUUCUAUGUUUCAUUGCUUUGUAUAUAAUGUGUUUUAAUCCGGUUAAAAUAAAGGUGUUUUAUAUAGUAUAUGGCGCGCCGUGGUGGCAUGGCCGCGGGUCGUGGUGUGUCUGGCAGCGGCCGGCCCGCGCCACUCUCCGCUGUUACUCAGUGCUGGACUGUGCCCCGGCCGGGGCCAGUGCCCUGCAUCAGAAGCUGCGCGCUAACUGCUUGUUUUAGAAGGUGGCGCCGCCGAGCGCGGCCAUCAGCUUUCCCCGGCGAUCUCUGGCUGGGCGGUGGCGGCCGACUGCCGCCGCCGCCUCCAGCCAAAUCGUACCAGCUCCAUCUGGGAGACAAAAUAUACGGUAACAUAGCCCGGC